UCGUGUCGUCCCCAAAUCCCAACUCCAAUCUCAUCCGCUGCCUAAAGCCCUAGCUUCUCAUUUCGCCGGGAUGGGAAAAUCCGGCGACCAGAAGAAGAAGAAGAAGGGAUCCCGAGCGGCUGCUGCCUCAGGCACCCCUGCCUCAGCCUCGACUCCGACGCCGACGCCGACGCCGACGCCGCCGCCCCCUCCUCCGCCGUCGCACCCCCCUCCUCCGGCGCCGAGCAACGGCGUCGUGGAGGUGGACGUGUCCCUCCUAUUGAAGCGCGCCCACGAGCUUAAGGAAGAGGGCAACCGGCUGUUCCAGGCGAAGGACUACGGCGGCGCUUUGGGGCAGUACGAGAUCGCGCUCAAACUCACCCCGCGCGGCCACCCGGACCGCGCCGUCUUCCACAGCAACCGCGCCGCCUGCCUCAUGCAGAUGCGUCCCGUCGAUCACGAGGCCGUCGCGGCGGAGUGCUCGCUCGCGCUGCAGGCUCAGCCGGGCUUCCCGCGUGCUCUGCUCCGCCGCGCUCGGGCCCUCGAGGCCCUCUGCAGGUACGAUCUCGCCCUCGAGGACGUUCACUCGCUGCUUGCGCUGGACUCCUCCCAUCCGGACGCUCUCGAUCUCGCUCGCCGCCUCCGCGCUGCUGUCGCUCCGGCCGCUCCGUCGGAUCCCGGAAGUCGACCCUCUCCUGCGGCCCUAGGUGCCUCCGCCGUUCAGGUUGGCAUUCCCAUCUCCGGUCUCGGCCCUUGCCUUCCUGCCCGUUCCAAAAAGGCAUCCACGCCCCCGCAGCCUUCACUUAGUGCAAAUAAGCCGACCGUUCCUUCUCAAAACGAUCAUUGCUCUAACUCGCCGUCUCUUUCUAACGGUCCCCAAAUCAAACCCUUUCGACUGGUUCCUUUUAAGCCUUCUAAUGGCGAGGCCUCUUCCCAAUCAUCACAAGUCGUGUCACCUAGAGGCAGUUCGCGGCAAAGUGUCAAAAAGGAGGUUUCUCUAGAAGCAGCAGUGAUCCGUUGGAGGCCAUUGAAGCUCGUGUAUGACCAUGAUAUCAGGCUCGCCCAAAUGCAGGCAAAUUGCACCUUCAAAGGCCUCAGGGAAAUUGUGGCCAAUAGAUAUCCUUCGUCCAAGUCUGUGCUGAUCAAGUACAAGGAUGCUGACGGAGAUCUUAUAACUGUGACCAGCACCGCAGAGUUAAGAUUAGCAGAAUCUUUUGUUGACGAGCUCAAUAAAAAAGAAGUAAAAGAAGGCUCUGGAGUUGAUAAGGAUGAUAAACUGCAGCUAUUGCGGUUACACAUUAUGGAGGUGAGCCCUGAGCAGGAGCCUCAGGUUCCUGAAGAAGAGGAGAAGCUUCUGGAGGAGGAAGGGCAGAACAUUGAUCAGUGUGUUUCAGAUUCAGUUAAUGACGAUUCCAUUGAAGAAACAGUGAACAAUGAGGUCAUAAGGAUGGGUUCAGAGGCUGAAGAAGUUGUAAAAGAUAAGAUUGGAGUGUCACACAAAGGAUGUGAUCAUCCUGAGUGUAAGGAAGUCGAGAUUGAUGAUUGGCUGUAUGAAUUUGCUCAGUUGUUUAGGAACCAAAUAGGGAUUGACCCUGAAGCACAUUUAGACUUGCAUGAGCUUGGAAUGGAGUUGUGCUCUGAGGCACUUGAGGAGACGGUGACCGGAGAGGAAGCUCAAGGCCUGUUUGACAUGGCUGCCGCUAAGUUUCAGGAAGUGGCAGCCCUAUCUUUCUUCAAUUGGGGAAAUGUGCAUAUGUGCGCUGCAAGGAAACGCAUCCCUCUGGAUGAGUCUGCACCUGAAGAUGUCAUGGCUGCACAGCUUCAAACUGCUUAUGAUUGGGUCAGUGAGCGGUAUGCUCUUGCUGGGAAAAAAUAUGAAGAAGCACUUAGAAUCAAGCCUGACUUUUAUGAAGGUUUACUUGCCUUAGGACAACAGGAAUUUGAAACCGCAAAGCUCCACUGGUCAUUUGCACUGGCUAAGAAGUUGGAUCUAUCAACUUGGGAUUCUUCAGAAACAAUCAGACUUUUUGAUGGGGCAGAGAAAAAGAUGAAUGCUGCUACUGAGAUGUGGGAGAAAGUGGAACAGCAGAGAAUAAAUGAGCUUAAAGACCCUGGAAAAAGCAAGGAGGAUGAGUUGUUGAAGAAGAGAAAGAAGCAAAGAGCUGCAGAUGGCCAAGGGGAGUUAUCAACUGAGGAGGCUGCAGAGCAAGCGGCAGCAAUGAGAUCUCAGAUACAUCUGUUUUGGGGCAACAUGCUCUUUGAACGUUCCCAAGUUGAAUUUAAGCUUGGUUUUGGCGACUGGAAAAAGAAUCUUGAUGCUGCUGUUGAAAGAUUCAAGCUAGCCGGGGCUGCUGAAGGGGACAUAUCUACAGUUCUUAAGAAACAUGCGUCCAAUGAAACUGAAGCAGACUUCAAUGAGAAGAAAAUUACAAUUUCAAGUAAUGCAAUAUCUGAAGCAAAUUCCAAGGAUGUGGAUAAACAUAUGCUGGAAAAUUGUCAUUUGUAGGGCUUGGUUGUUGAUCAAAAUGUUAAAAUGAAUUUGGAAUAUCUGUUUAUCUUGGGCAAAAGUCUAACUUAUCAUUCUGGGAACCAUCUUAGUGGAUGAUGUGGUAUUUUUGACUUUUUAUUGGAGCAAGUAUCCUGCUGCUCUUUUCAAUGAGAUAUCGUUUCAAUUGUUUCAGGAUGGUUUGGUGAUCAUAUCUUGCAAUUUGAGGUUAUACGAAGGUUGGUGUCCUGGCUUGAUGAGACUUUACAUUCUCUAUCUGUUAAACUUUGGCUGAAAUGACAUUUUCAAACUCUUCGACAAGUUUGUUCGAUUGACCUGUGGAUUCAACCAAUAACUGAGUGAUUCAAAGAUAGACAAACAUUAUUUGUUUCAAAUCAGAUGAGCAGUGUUGAACAUCCUAGGAUUUUCUGUUGCAAGUGUAGGAGGCCCCCCUUCUUGUUGUGCCUUGUUGUGCUUCUUCUUCGGCAGCUUUAUAAAAGCAGGUGAGGUUGCUCAGGUGGGUUGUCCCCCACCUCCCCCAAAUGCAUGAUUCGAUUCCAUCGACACAUAUCGUGUCAUCGCCACCACAUCCGUCUCUUUGUGGUCUAAGUCGCAAAGUAAAACAUUGCCUUCAAUCUCGUGAACUUGUCUUUCAAUUUUAACUCAUCUGUCUUGUUUUGGUUUCAGUUUGAACAGAGAUUGCUUAGUAUUAGUUGCUCGUGUUCAUUAUCAUGAAUUCUUACUGUUAUUUGACUCAUCAUUUCAGUUUGGUUUGAAUUCAUAUGUUUUUGCUUGUAAAAUGUUUCCUCGCAUAUGGAAAAUAAGAGUCGUGUUUGUGCAA